UUAAGGGAAAUAGAGGUCGCGGCUAAUUAUACAUAACCAGCCAAAACUGGAGCAGAACCGAGUGAAUUGACUUGCCUCUAUCCCCCCCAGUCUGCCUCUCGUCCUCUCACAAGAACUCGCACCGUUUCUGCACCGUGAUCCAAUCUUCCUUCUUCUCCAACAGCUCACCGUCGCACACCCUUUUUGCCAUAGUCGCUGUGGUUGAUCCAAGAUGAGCAAGGACGAAGACAGAAACAGAGGCGUCUCGAGCAGUGACUAUCAGCACCAGUACGGCACGUUCCAAGGCGUCGCCAACUACCCGCCGCCGAACCCGCCGCACCAGGAGCCGGCGAUCGGCUAUCCCCAGCUGGUGCCUCCGCCGGGCGCCUCCGCUCCGUCGGCCCCUCCUCCGCCUCCUCACCAAUAUUACCAUCAUGGGUAUCAGACCGUUCCAGGUUAUGCUGUUGCUGAAGGAAGACCAAUAAGAGAAUCGCGGCUGCCUUGCUGUGGUAUUGGAUUUGGAUGGUUCCUGUUUAUCGUUGGCUUCUUCCUUGGUGCCAUCCCUUGGUACAUUGGACUACUUAUGCUUCUCUGUGGAAGGAUAGACUACCGGGAAAAGCCCGGAUAUAUUGCUUGUACUAUCGCUGCAAUUCUGGCAACAAUUGUUAUUGUCCUUGGUGUCACGAGAGAAGCUGAUGAUUGGGAACAUCAUAGCACACGGCCAUAAUAGGUAUGUGAUGUGAUGUCUGAAAACGGGAUAGUUCCAGCGAUCUAGCUGGUGACUACAUGAACGAAUGGGGCCAUCAGAAGAGGAAGGAAAACAGCAUGGCUCUGUUGGUCCGAGAAGUCCGAGUUUUGGAAUUAUUCCUAGUUUUCAUGGAUCGUUUUGUGGAAUUAAGAACAAGGUUCUCCUGUCUUUUUGGCUGGCGAGCCACGUGACAUAUGCAUAUAACUGUUGCAGUGACUACAUCUAUUAUGCUCCUUGUAAAGUUGGGAAGAUGGAUUUGAUGGUCAAUAAGUUCAUUGUUAUCUGAAAACGAUGCAGGAAACAUCUCCAAUACAUUUACCAAUCCAGCUU